AAUUAGUUGAGUGAAAAAAGAGAACAGCGACCUCUUCUCUUUUUUUCUCUCUUCUUAAUUAUGUCUCUCUCACACAGAGAGAGACAAACACAACACAAAGAAAACCAGGAUACAUAUGUCAAAGUUGAAACAAGUUCAUCUUCUUAUUUAAAUAUAUUUUAUAUAUAUGUUAUUGUUGCAAGCUUAGUUCGAUUCACUUUCCAGAAGGCGAUUGCAGAGACAUACCACAUAGAGCACUCACUGCAAAAGAGGAGAGAAAGAGAAAGAUAGAGAAACGACAGCCUCAGAAACAACAGACAGCAGAGAAAUAGAGAGAGACACUCACAACAGCUUUGCCUUUCAAAUCCCACGAAGAGAAAACGAUAUCUGAGAAAUCCUUUGCACCCUUUUUCCGACCUGCAAAAAAACUCUUAAGAGAUACAGGAGCAUAAAAGAGAUGAUGAAGAAGAAGACAACGCUGCCAUGGGAAUAGCAACACAACCAAUUACACCUCGUCCUUGUGUUACAUCUCAUAAUUCAAAAGGUCACAAAUAUCCAUCAACAAUUCAUCAAGUCUCGGAAAAUCUCAAUUCUAUGUCCCAAGAUUAUCAUCACCACAGUCUCUUCAGUUACCCUAAUGGGUUCGAGAGAUCACAAGCGGAACAGCAGCAUCAGCAACAACAACAGCAGCAACACAUCGCCGCUCAACAGAUCCGUCGAGAUAAAUUGCGAGCGCAAGGAUUCGAAUUACCCCAACCGUUUGAAGAAGAAACAAGUGUCCUUCCAACAGUUUAUGAGACCGCUGGAAUGUUAUCUGAAAUGUUUAAUUUCCCUCCUGGAGCCGCCGCUACGGAAUUAUUAGAAACUCAAUUCAAUCCGAAUUUUAGACAGCCGAAUCCACGGCCGCAGCAGAUUCACGCUGCGGCCAUGGGUAACGAGUGGUUCGGGAACCGACAAGGGAUGGUAGUGGGUGGAGGUGCAAGUAGUCAGCAAUUAGUAUGUGCAAAAAAUCAUACUCCUAAUGCGGCGGAGUCCAUGCAACUUUUCUUAAUGAAUCCACAACCAAGGUCACCUUCUCCAUCUCCUCCUAAUUCAACUUCUACGCUUCACAUGUUGUUACCGAAUCCAUCAUCUACUUCAACACUUGAAGGGUUUCACAAUCAAGCCGAAGGAUCUUUCGGUCAAUUCAUGACAUGGGGGAGUGGAGGACCAACUGCUGCCACAGCGACCCAUCAUCUCAAUACCCCGAAUGAAAUCGGAGGAGUAAACGUGGUAGAAAGUCAAGGCCUUUCUCUAUCCUUAUCCUCUUCGUUACAGCACAAGGCGGAGGAAUUACAAAUGAGCGGGGAAGCUGGUGGAAUGUUGUUCUUCAAUCAAGGAGGGUCCAGUACUUCUGGACAAUACCGAUACAAGAAUUUGAGUAUGGGUGGCUCAGGAGUAACUCCAAACAUUCAUCAAGUCCAUAUUGGGUAUGGGUCAUCACUAGGAGUGGUCAAUGUGCUGAGGAAUUCCAAAUACGCGAAAGCUGCGCAAGAACUACUGGAAGAAUUCUGCAGUGUUGGUAGAGGCAAAUUGAAGAAGAAUAACAACAAAGCAGCAGCCAAUAACCCUAAUACGAACCCUAGUGACGGUGGUGCUAACAAUGAAACUUCUUCAAAAGAUGUCCCAACUUUGUCCGCUGCUGAUAGGAUUGAGCAUCAGAGAAGGAAGGUCAAACUUUUAUCUAUGCUUGAUGAGGUAGAUAGGAGGUACAAUCAUUACUGUGAACAAAUGCAGAUGGUUGUAAAUUCGUUUGAUUUAGUGAUGGGUUUCGGCGCAGCAGUUCCCUACACAGCACUUGCACAGAAGGCAAUGUCAAGACAUUUCAGGUGCUUAAAGGAUGCAAUAGCAGCGCAAUUGAAGCAGAGUUGUGAGUUAUUAGGAGAGAAAGACGCAGGGACUUCGGGAUUGACUAAAGGAGAAACUCCGAGGCUUAAGAUGCUUGAACAAAGUUUGAGGCAACAAAGGGCGUUUCACCAAAUGGGAAUGAUGGAACAAGAAGCUUGGAGACCACAAAGAGGCUUACCUGAACGUUCUGUCAACAUUUUAAGAGCUUGGCUUUUCGAGCAUUUUCUACACCCGUAUCCAAGCGAUGCUGAUAAGCAUCUGUUGGCAAGACAGACUGGUCUCUCCAGAAAUCAGGUAUCAAACUGGUUCAUAAAUGCCAGGGUGCGGUUGUGGAAACCCAUGGUAGAAGAUAUGUAUCAACAAGAAGCCAAAGAAGAAGAGGGAGAUGGAGAUGACAAGAGCCAAAGCCAAAACAGUGGCAAUAAUAUUAUUGCACAAACACCAACGCCUAAUAGCAUGACUAACUCUUCUUCUACUAAUAAUAAUAUGACGACGACAACAGCAGCAGCAGCAGCCCCUACAACUACGACAGCACUAGGUGCUGCAGAGACAGGAACAGCUGCCACUCCCAUAACUGUUACCUCAAGCAAAAGAUCCCAAAUCAAUGCCACCGAUAGCGACCCUUCUAUCGUAGCAAUGAAUUCCUUCUCGGAAAACCAAGCUACUUUUCCGACCAACAUUCAUGAUCCCGACGAUUGCCGUCACGGCAACUUCUCCGUCGACGGGACCACCACUCAUGAUCAUAUGGGGUCCACCAUGAUAAGGUUUGGGACCACAGCUGGUGACGUGUCACUCACCUUAGGGUUACGACAUGCAGGAAAUUUACCAGAGAAUACUCAUUUCUUUGGUUAAUUAAUCAAUGAUACUUACUACCUCCAGUCCAUAGUAAUUAAUUAAAACCGUAUUUGCUUGAGUUCAUCAUAAUUUAUGCCCUUGCUUUUUGUCAUAAGACGAAAUUCCAUAAUUAGCUUUAUGUUUAGCAAGCGCUAUGAGAUAUUUAUUUACUGUAAUUGUAUAGUAGUACUAGUACAUUAUUAAAUUUUUCCACCAGCUUUUUCCUUCAUUGUACCUAUAGUGUCUUGUACCAUGUGAAAGCUGAUUUUGGACAAUAAAAUGAGACAGUGUUUUCCUAUGUUUUAA